CGUGACGUGACCGAGCUUCUUCCGGAAAGCAAACAUGGCUGCUGCCACAACGCCUGUAGGGCAAACUCAGGUUUCUGAGACAGUUCAUUCUGGAUCUGUGGGGUUCGACUUGACUAAACCCCCUGUAAUCGAAGGAUUUGCUCCUGCUCCUAGGCCCAGAGAGGAAGGGUUCAAAGCCAAGUUUAUCAGAAAAACUAAGGAAAACCCGUUUGUGCCCAUAGGCUGUCUGGGCACGGCUGGAGCCCUCACCUAUGGACUCAUUGCCUUCAAGCGUGGCAAGACCCGCCAGUCCCAGCUGCUGAUGCGGACGCGGAUAUUCGCCCAGGGAUUCACUGUGGUCGCGAUCCUGGUGGGCGUGGCAGCCACCGCGCUGAAGUCCAGGAAGUGAGCAGAGGGGUCCUGACAGAGCAGAGGAAGAGGAGGGUGUGGUUACAGUUUUCUGGCUGGCAUUUCCCACUUCAGAGAACAACUCCUGACGGGGAACAAUCAAACACGAUAUUUUGGUUUUGGCUUGGUUGAAUGUAGCAUCUCAACUGAGUGCUGUGAACAUCUUCAUUUCACAAACAACAUUCGUAUCACUAUCUGAAAAGCGCCAUAUGAAAAAGCAGCAUGACUUUUUAGCGCCUUAUUUUGCCAUAAUGACUGGGGCUCCGGUUUCUGCGUUGCUCCCGCAAUAUCUACAUACAGUAAGAUUUCAGUCCAACAAAAUGUUGAGUAUUUUUAAAAUGAAAGGGAAAAGAAGCAUUAAUUAAAUAUAGUAAGUUUCAAGUCAUUUAACUAUAAAAAUACUUGAGAUUGAAGACGUUUGUGGGGAAAAUGUGGGAGUGGAAUUAAUUUAGCGAUCAUGUGCAUGUAAUUGAACACGCUAUUACUAUGUGGGUUAAGGUUUAAUAUAAACUGCUGCAGCAGGUAGAUAUACAAAUUGCAUUAUACAAGUAACUUAAGCCCUCCUUAAAAGCAUAGUCGGGUUUGUAACUACCCAAGUCAAUUUCUAUAUGUUUUUGUAUUGUGCCUGGGAAGUUAGUUUUGAAAGUUACAUCUAAGUCACAAAUUUUAAGAUUAUUUGUAAAAUAUUUCUACAGCCAAAAAAAUGCAUUUUGGGGUUAUUUCACUGAAUGUUCUCCAUACCAUUCUGGCUGCAUUUUUCUACCAGACACUUUAUUCACUAUUUAUUUUUUCUUCUGUGUUCCCUUGCCUUAACAUUUACCAUAGGUUAUUUCCCAGCAACUAUAAACCUAAAUCACAUGUGUGAACAGCAACAAAUAUUAAUCUGACAAAGCACUGAAGGGAACUUCUAGGAACUUUUGUAUCACACAUACCUCAGUGUAUAAGACAUGGUGUAUGUACUGCCUGUAAUGCUCAGUCUGUUCUAUAUUUGCAGUUCAUAGACAGCUGUAAAUAGUGCUGUAGGCAGGAAUUUGUGAAUACACGGAUGAUAAUGUUGUAAACUCAGAUUUCUACAACAAUAAAAAAAUUUUGGUGGAAUAUA